GCUGUCUGGAGAAAAGCGGAGGCCUGGGUUACCCGCCUGAGGAGGAGGGAGCCGAGGGCAAUGCUUGAGGCAUCGGGACACAGCGGCUGAAAUCGCGCGUGGGAGGCAGGGGAUUUGGGUCAAACAAGAGUGACAGGAUGUCAGAGAAGGAUGUCUCCCGGGAAGAGGCAGGCUAAAGCGUUGGGUACCACUACCUGCCUCAGGACACGUGGGGGGAAAAGGAUGAGGAUGGUGUCAAAGAUCAAGGGUUCCACGCUCUGACUUCUGGGAGCUAGUUUUGAUGUAGGUCUUAGAUCUCACACAGAGGGGUCCCAGUCACCAUGGAGGACCCAGCCUCCCGAGAGACCAUGGAGCAGCAGGAUUCAUCCAACGAGAGGAGCACCCGCAGUAACAGAGGCAACAUCUGCCAUCUGGGGGCCCUGCAAUGCACCCGCUGCCUCAUCACCUUCGCCAAUUCCAAGUUCCAGGAGCGUCACAUGAAGCGGGAGCACCCAGCGGACUUCGUGGCCCAGAAGCUGCAGGGGGCCCUCUUCAUCUGCUUCACCUGCGCCCGCGCCUUCCUCUCCUCCAAGACCCUGAUUGCCCACCAGCGUGGCCACGGUCCCGCCGCCAGGCCCUCCCCACCAGCUGCACCCGGCACUGGCCAGCCCACCUUUCCCUGUCCUGACUGUGGCAAGACCUUUGGGCAGGCCGCUUCUCUGAGGCAGCACCGCCAGAUGCAUGACGCCUGCACCCCUCCAGGCCCCUUCGCCUGCACUGAGUGUGGUCAGGACUUUGCCCAGGAAGCUGGGCUGCAUCAACACUACAUCCAGCAUGCGCGGGGGGAGCUCUGAGUGCAGCUUCAGUCCUCCCCGGGGCAAUCAGGGCCCAGUUGCUGGUGCGACCCACCUGAUACGGGAUGGGCCCUUUGAGGGAUUUGCUUCCCUCCCCGGAAAGGCAAAGGGCUCCUGAUAAAUAAGAUCCAGAAGAUGCUUAUUCUAGGGUUUCAGUCCUUGGAGGACACAAGGACCUUCAGGGAAACAGUAAAAUCAGACAAUAGUGACAUUCUUAUUUGUUUAAAAAAAAAAAAUGAACAAGAAAGAGGGAAAAUUGUUAUUUGCAUCUCUCUCAUUCCCAGUUAAACAGUUCGACAU